AUGUCCGGGGAGAAGACAGCCAGCCAGACGGCUUCGAAAGCGCCUACCUCGGUCGUGUUGCCGUCGACGUUCUCCAACAGCGUCAGUCUUUGUCCAUGUGGCGCUUGGUCGUCGCACCGCCCCACUUGAGCCCACUUGACUUGGCCCGCGCUUCGAGCUUCGAGCUUCGAGCUUCGAGCCCCACCCCGGGCCAUCGUCGCUGCUAACCCUUCAUGCUGCCUCCCCGUUCCAGUUCUGGACGACCGACUACCGCACAGGCUUCGAAACGCUCUACAACCAACUCGACCACGCCGUAGUGCAGUCGCACGAGAUCCUGUCGACGGUCAAUGCAAGGGUUCAAGCCGAGUCGGCCUUCUCCCGCGCACUCGCCCCACCCGCGCUCAGGGAGGAUGGCUUUGCGGCCAGUGCGUUCCUUUCCACCGUAGGGCUUGUCCGUGUGGGAACUGACCCCGGUCAUACUCCGCGCUGCGUCCAGACGAAGGAGGUAGUCUCCGCACCGGACUCGAGUCGAUCCUGUCGAGCACCGUCAUGGAGGCCCGAGCGCGCUGGAAUCUCGCCCAAGACCUCGACGUGAGUACUGCGUCCUUGGUUGCCAGUGCCAGUCUGUGGGGGCGCUCAUCUUGGCUUGAUUCCUGUCUGACAGCGCAACAUCGCCACCCCGUUCGCGACCUGGUCCCGCUCCCACGAAGGACGCAUCGCCUCUUCGAGAAACCUGAUCGAAUCCCAUCUCUCGGAAUGGGAAAAGGCCCACGCGAACGCGGCCAAGCUCAAGACCUCGUACGACGAAGCCUGCCGCAACGCUGACGAAGCCGAGGAUGAACUCGCUCACCAUCACCUCAAGAUCCCGACCUCCCCUCCUCGUUCGACUCCGACGACCUCGAGGUCCAAUUCGAUCGAGACGAACAAGGGCAAAGGUCGCGCCAGUGAACCCGGGGACGAUGACGCCGAGUCCGUCGAGGGGGCCGAUACCAUCGACGAUGACGAUGUACCUCUCGGUCGAGCGACCAUUUCCGCCUUGGCGCGACGUUUCACCGUUCGCAAACCUGCCCAACCGAGUGGCACCACGACCGGUACUGAAACGACCGAGUCGGCCUCGACCGUCGAACCCAAAGUGGGCGCAGCAUUGGAUUGGAGCAAAGCGACGUGAGUCCAUCAGAUCCCCUAGACGGCUCUUCACAUUGCUAAUCCUGGAGAGACAUGGUGGGUCACAGCAUCUCGUCCCUGAUCGACCGCGUCGCCGGACCCCAAACGGGCGCAGGUCGCAUCGAGCGCGCGCGUCUCCAUGCCGAAGAAGUUGAGAAGCGUUACCGCGAAGCGAUCGUGCACCUCGAUACCAAACGAUUGCAAUUGGAAGAGGUCUAUUCCGAGCACUUGGCGUAUGUGCAACGGUGCGAGACGGAUCGGUUGAAGGCCGCGGCGAGCGUGCUCAAGUCGUUCCAUGUCGCCGUGGCGGCCUUGCCCAAAUUGAUCGAUGGGUCGCUGGAGCGAGUCAGCACGACUGUGGAGCUACUGAGACCCGAGAAGGACGUGGUGGGGAUUAUUGAGCGAUCAAAGUAAGGUUUUUCGAAUCUCGAUGACUUUGCUGGGAUCAAAAACUGAUUGCCGAACGAGGGUGUUCUACAGAACUGGAUCUUUCCAACCCCGACCGAUAACCUUCCACUGCCACUACUCCGAGCCCCCUUCAGAAGCGUUUGGCAUCGACCUUCGUCGAUACGAAGAAACGCGUGGCGCUUCGGAUGCCGUCGUACCCCCAGUUCUUACGUUCUUGCUCGACUACAUCAAGAACGCUUCGAAAACGAUCUCGUCCAACGCCGAAAAGCGUCGGAUCUGGCUCUACGAGACCCCUCUGGGCAUGCAACACCGGCUUCGCUCAUUGCUCCAGGACCCAAGCAGGGCAGGUCAUCUCCGCUCCUUGGUCGACAAGUUCGACCUCCCCGUCGUCGCUUCAACGGUCAAACUGUGGCUCUUGGAACUCGAGAUCCCGCCCAUCGUCUUCAGCCAAUACGACGAACUGCGCCACCUGUACCCCAAACGCGUCGGUUCGGAAAUCGUCAACGUACCCGCCAAACUCUUGGCCGAACAUUUGGCUCGCAUGCCGGUGACGCAUUUGGAAGUCGUCCGCGCCAUGAUCCUUUACUUCGCGGAGAUGAUUCAGUCGACCCCUACGGAUACGGAAGGAACGGAGACCGAUGAGGUGUACUUGCAGAAACUUGCGCUUUCGGUCGCGAGAUGUCUCGUUCGACCGAGGCAGGAAACGUCCCUCUCGAUCGACGAUCGGUUCCCGACCUUGGUCUUCAGUGAUCUCGUGAAGAACCAUGCGGUGAUCUUUGCGUCCGCGGACGAAUUGAAGCAUUCCAAGAAGAGGGAAGAGAGGUAUCGACCGAGGAGGCAGAGGACCAAACCUGUUGAUGCGAGGUUGAGUAGGAGUAAGAUUGGCGUCGCGGAGAGGGGGACAGUGGGCGUGGAAGAGGGGAUGGAGUUGUUGCAGGAACAUCGGAAGAGUCUUAGUUCGAGUGAGGAGGCGGGAGAGAAGGGGGAUGUGCGAACGGAGAAGGAGAAGGAGAAAAAGACGGCGGAGAAGGGAGCGGAGAAGGAGAAGGAAAAUUCGGAGGCGGAAGCGGAGGACAAGUUCGUCGACACGGAGGACGGGGAAGCGACGCCUACGACAACGAAAGCGAAACUGUUACCGCUCGUGGAGAAGCAGACCGAGGCCUUCGAAGAAGAUGCGUCGAUUGUCAGAGGGUCGCCUUCUUUGUCUAGGUCGACGAGGACUAAGGGGGGGAGGGGUCCAAGGCCGCUUUCGGUUGGUGCGAAGGGAGGUGCGGUGACGACGAAGGCGGAGGAGGAAGCGAGCAAGGAGACGAAGGCUGAGUGA